GAGAAAACUCUUACUCACUCCGUCUUCAACUCUGGGAGGAAGUUACCACCUCUUCCCCAGACUCCGUACACACACAGAAACGCACGCUCCUCAGGACGUGACCACAGCACCAAGAGGGAAUCAGCUGAAAGAGUCAGGAUUGCUUUUCAGAUUUUCAAAACUUGGAGGGAAAGAGGAAAGGGGUGAUUUGACAUUUGCACUACAGCUGAAUCUCUCUCUCUCUAUGGAAUGAACAUCUCUGGAGGGACGCCUUGACAUCACACACUGAGUGGCCAAAUGAACUGUUAAGCCCGAGGACCAAAGAUCACAGGCACUGAUCCAAAGUCGGAGAGAGAUAAAGAGAAAGCGAGAGAGCCUUGAUCAUUCAGCAUCAAUCUCAGCUUCUCAUCACACUAUGAACUGGGACUAAGGAGUUCUCUCCAGGCUUCAAUUCGUGGUGUGAAGAAAAGCCAAGUCAUCAUUCACCAUGGAUGUGAGGAAAAAAGAGAUGGAUCUCCUGAGCAACAGCAUCGCUGCAUAUGCACACAUUAAAGCGAAUCCAGAGAGCUUUGGCCUAUACUUUGUGAUCGGGGUGUGUUUUGGCCUGGUGCUGACUCUCUGCCUUCUGGUCAUCCGCAUCUCCUGUAAACCCCGCACCCACAUCGCCUCCUCCACACCGGAGAAGAAACGCUUAAAGGAUAUCAGCGAGGACGACGAGGACGAGGAGAGCGAGGACGAAGAGGAUGAAGAAGUGGAGGAUGUCGAGGUGCCGGUUCCUUUGACCAGCACUGAGAUCCCCAUUGAGAAUCACCACAGCCAGUCAGAUGGGACGCUGAGCGUGAACGUGUUUACUUCAGCUGAGGAGCUGGAGCGCGCGCAGCGACUGGAGGAGAGGGAGCGUAUCAUACGGGAGAUCUGGAGGAAUGGCCAGCCUGAUAUCCUGGGGACAGGAACAGGGACUAUUGGAAGAGUGCAUUACUACUAACAUACGUGAGGCUGUAGUGGAACCACUUUCUGGGGGCCGACCAUGACAGAGACUUUAAGGUGGGCCCACUGUCCCCGAAGCCUGACGAAUAGACUUGGACAUGUGUUAGAUACAAUGUAAUAGAGUGCAAACAGGUCAGCAGCUAUGUGCUACAAUUCAAAUUCUUUGCUCUGAUACUUUGUGACGAAGCUGAAGUAUGUGAUGUCGCACUUCUUAUGUAGCCACGUGUUGCCGCCACCUGACUGAAUGAAAUGAAACCACAAGGUGCCUUAAAGACUUAUUGUGUCUAUGUGAUAGUGUUGUAGUAUGAAUGUCAGAGUUGAUGAAGUUGGGGGGUCUAAGUGUAUGAAUGGCGCUUUAUGUAAAAAAAGCACAAAAAUAUAUGUUUAUGUACUGUAUUAAGUAAAGACAGAAGGCAGAAACAAGGACCAAGUAUGUUGCAAUGGAGAGUCAUUCCCUCAGUUUGCCACGAGGACGUUUCUCCUCAUCACAAGUGAGUUUACAAAGGGAUAAUUCAAAACAGUGCUUGUAAUUUCUCCGGGAAAACACCCUCAGGAGUCCUCUUUAAGGAAGUGACAUUACCAAAAGAAUUAUGGGGUCAGUUUACACGUAAUGCCAAGACAUUUAAAAUUGGAUUCUCUAGUUUGAAUACAGUGCAGUUUGUGUCUCUGUUUUCAUAAAUAAUUCCACCAAAGGAAAUGACAGAAUUAAAGUAUUACGCUGAAAUAAUUUAUUGUUGUCUCUCUUCCUAAUACAACAGAAGUCUUCCUCUAAAUACCUUUGGGCUAUGAACUCAGAAUCCUUGUGAAUGCUUUUUUAUAUAUUUUAAUAGGACAUGAGAAAGCUUCAUUUUACCAGUAAAAUUAAUGAAAAGAUCAUCCUUUGUUAUUUGUUUUUCCUGCUCUCUGUCUCCCGUGUGUGUCUUUAAAGGUCAAAGACAUAGUUUUAUAAUAAAAUGUCUGGGAAUCCUAAUACAGUCCCUUUGUGGCAGUAAAUGUUCCUCUGGAUGCAACCCCAGGGUGAUGAAGGCAAAAAAUGGACUGAAAUGUCCUGAUAACACAGAGACUGGU